AUGGCUCACAACGCGGCCGCCGCAGCUGAUCACGGCCAAGGCAUCCGGACGUCGUCGAAGUGCGUCGUGGAUGGCGCGACACACGAUUUCGUGGUGAUCAACUACCCGCUGCUCGAUGGCAUGUGCAUCCGAAACUGCGUAAUCUCCAGUGCGUUCAGGGUCGGCGGCUACGAUUGGAGCAUCAUGUUCUACCCGGACGGAGCGGAAGUAGCCGGCUACGCGUCAGUCUACUUGAGUUAUCUCAGCGAGGCCAAGGGCGGGGUGAGGACAAGCUUCACCUUAACCAUGCUGGACGAUCAAGGCAACGUACAUGCAACCAGGCAGCUGCCCGGCCGCCUCCACCGCGCCCUCAAGAACGGGACAGGCACCGACAUCACGCUCCUCGUGGGCGGCAAGGAGUUCAGCGCGCACAAGUUCAUGCUGGCCGCGCAGUCGCCGGUCUUCGAAGCUCAGCUCUUUGGCUCGAUGGCGAAGAAGGACAUGCGGUGGAUCAAGGUUGUCGACAUGGAGCCGGCCAUCUUCGAGAUGCUUCUUCACUACGUCUACACGGAUUCACUGCCGCCGUGUGGCCAAGACAAUUAUGAUACAGCCACGAUGCAGCAUUUGCUAGUCGCCGCGGACCGGUACGGGCUGGACAGGUUGAAGGUGAUGUGCGAAAAGAGGUUGUGGGAAAACAUCAACGCGAGUUCAGUCAUGAGUACAUUGGCAUUAGCAACUCACCACUACUGUGACCAGCUCAAGGAAGCAUGCUUAGAGUUUAUGUCGUCGUCGCAGGAAGUCAUGGAUGCAGUCGUGGUAACCGACGGGUUCCAACACCUCAUGGCAACUUGCCCCAUGCUAGAUUUGAUGAGGAACACUGGGGAAAAAGUAACCAUCUAG